AUGAAUGUUUCCAGCAGAGAAACCACCUCUGUCAGCUACUUUAUCCUCCUGGGCUUUCCUUCCAGCCCAGAAAUGCAGCUCCUCUACUUUGGGCUUUUCUCAGUAACCUACACCCUAACCCUGAUGGGGAAUGCAGCCAUUGCCUGUGCUGUGAGGUGGGACCGACGCCUCCACACACCCAUGUACAUCUUCUUGGGGAAUUUCUCUCUCCUGGAAAUAUUUUAUGUCACCACAACUGUCCCUAAUAUGCUGGUCAACUUUCUGUCCACCACCAAAGCUAUCUCUUUUUUGAGGUGUUUUGCACAGUUCUACUUCUUCUUUUCAUUUGGGUGCGAUGAGGGUUUCUAUCUUUGCAUCAUGGCCUUUGACAGGUACCUUGCCAUCUGCCGUCCUCUGCAUUACCCGCGCAUCAUGACCAAACAGCUGUACACUGGCCUUGUCAUCUUUGGAUGGUCCUGUGGUUUCAUCAUCUUCCUAACUCCAGUUGUUCUCAUUUCACAGUUGCCCUUCUGUGGCCCAAAUAUCAUCAACCAUUUUAUGUGUGAUCCUGUCCCAUUGAUGAUGUUAUCCUGUUCUGAAAACAACAUCAUCCAGCGUACUUACUCUACUUUCAAUGCUAUUUUCAUGAUUGGUACCUUUCUCUUUGUUCUGUGCUCCUAUGCUCUGGUGAUUUUGUCUGUGCUAAGAAUGCCCUCAGCAGCAAGCAAGCGCAAGGCUUUCUCUACUUGUGCUUCUCAUCUGGCAGUGGUCUUCCUGUUUUUUGGCUCUGUUAUGGUGAUGUAUGUUAGUCCUGGAUCAGAACAUCCAGUGGAAGUGCAGAAAAUUGUGACCUUAUUUUAUUCUGUGAUAACACCCCUCUGUAAUCCUCUAAUAUAUAGCCUCAGGAACAAGGAUAUGAAGGCUGCCCUAAAGAAAGUUUUUGGAACUGAAAUACCUGUGAAUAAGACAUAA